AUGGCAGCCGGCCGGAGUCCGGCUGUCGGGGCCACCACCGAUCGUCCGUGGCGGGAUCCAGAGUGGACUCUUCCCUGCCAGGCCGAAUCCAAAACACCAACACCCUUUAGUCAUCCCCGGUUGGAUAGACCUGGGAUGUUCCUCUUGACGGAUGUGAUGAUCUCAACGGGCUCUUUCUUGCUCUGUUGCAACUCCCCAACCUCCCCGACCUCCCCGGCCACUGCCGCGCAAUGCAUACCAGCGGUCCCCGUUCAGCAAUGCGCAAACGGGCCUCCGAUCCGCGCAUCGACGCAAGCGGCUGUGCGAAAGGAGGCCCAUGGGCGCAUACCGGUCUCUCACCAAGGCGCAUUCAGGGGCGCAUUCAGCCUGACGUUGAUCCAAAGUUCCAACUUUGAUGCAGUCCAAGAACAGCAUCAGCACUUGAACACGGAUUGGAAAUGCCUCGUGCGUAAAAUGCCCACUCGAGACGGCGGUUGCAAUGAUGCCCGCGCGGGUGCCGCGUUGGUAUUGCCGGCGUCUUGCGGCAGCCGAGGCGCGCCUCCACACCCCCAGAACGUGGGAUGUGGCGACCAAAGGCCAAAGAGGGAAAAGCCUCGCAGCAAACGUGCAGCUACUGCUGCACACAUCAUCUGGAAGAAAAAUACGCCAUCGAUGGCCAAGGCCCGGCCACAAUCCGACUCCAUCGCGACACCCACACAAUACGAUGAUGCGAAAUCCGUUGGACGACAGACGCCUGCCGAUGGCCCGAAGCGACGUGCCGAGUUGCCCGAGCUGCCGCUGCGUCGAGCACGAGGGACUUUUUCCCCCACGAAAUCGAUGGCGGCGAGAGAUCAGUGUCCCCCGGUUUAUACUGUCAUGAGCGCUCGAUCACGAGCCCCCCGGCCGAGACCAUCCCGCCAUGUCGACAUCGCUUGCUGGGAUGACCGCGCGCUUUCGGUCGUUUGUUUUUAUUUCUUGGAUUUAUCCCCAGUUCUUUUUGGCUUGUUUACCGCGCUGGCUUCCUUGGCUCUUGUGCAUCAAUUUGUCGUUCUCGCAAUCGCUGCUCGCUCCGCGGUUGGCAGCGCUCCGACCCGACUCAAAGGCGGUUUAUUGGAUAAUCUACCUCUUCUUCCAAUAGAUCCGAAAGAUCGCUCUCGCCAUCCGCAGCAGCCGCCAGUUCCACAGGUUGUGCGCGUUUCGCUGAGUCCUUCGCAUGUCUCGAACCGAAUUCGCAAAGGAUUCUUGUCUUCGGCCCGCGCCAGCUACUCCGCUUUCUCCACUUCCUUCUGA